GAGGACGACGAGGACGACGACGACGACGACGACGACGAUGACAAUCGACUCCGCGGCCAUGCCACGAGUACGCUGCGCGCUCGCAUGAAAUCAACCCGACUACUGCCCGAUUACCUUACCACGCAUCAGCGGAAAGAACAGCAACAGCGGCGGCAGGGAAAGAGAUCUGUAUCGCGCCAAACGUCGACCGGCGCAAAAUCUAAGGACGUCUACCGCAUUCCUUCAUUGUUAUCCCGUGUAAAGGAGGCCGCACCGAAGUCAUCGACCACAACCACGGAGGAGAUCCCGCGUCCCGAUUGGCGCGAUCUGCGAGUGCAACGUACCGCGAGUGCCGAGCCGACGGUGCAGCCGUCACGACGACGACGACGACGACGACGACGACGUAACCCCGGUGCGCUCGCGUUCCCGCGUCGGUGCGGUGCGGUGGUGCGGUCAACGGGUGUCGGAUGACUUCCCCAGGACAACAGACGUGUUUCGUAGUCGUAGAAGGUUAUUGUAUAUUGUCCCGAUCGUUUUAUCCCGCAACGAGAGUCGUCGUGGAAGAGGCGCGCCUAGGGUGCAGCCCCAUCGGAGCAACGGUAACGUCCCGUCGACGUCGACGUGGUCGUCGGUGGUGCGCCGGCCUGCCUACCCGCGUCAUACUCACGUCGCAUACCCCGUGCACGCGCGUAUAUCACCACCAUCGUGAUGGCGGAGCUACCUCAGCCCGACAUGUCGCAUCUCACCCCCGAGGAGAGGCGCAUCAUAGAGGGUGUUUUAAUGCGCCAAAAGGAGGAGGAGGAACAGGAUCAUGAGAUUAUGAGACGAAAGCAAGAUGAGGUGCAGAUCCUCGAAGAAACGAUACGGAUGCGUUCAGAGAAACAUAAAAAGGCUGGGAUAGAAUUGAAUGCCACGUGUCACAUAUGCCUGAAAACCAAGUUUGCCGACGGCGUCGGCCACAUCUGCAACUACUGCGACAUCCGAUGCUGCGCACGCUGCGGCGGAAAGGUCACUUUACGGUCAAGCAAGGUGAUAUGGGUGUGUAUACUUUGCCGGAAGAAGCAGGAACUUCUUUCGAAGACCGGACAAUGGAUGACGAAGACGGGCGCCGUGGACAACGCGUUGCUGCGACAAAUGCAGGAGGACUUGCAGGUGGGUGGUCGUCAGGGACUCGCGGACCAAACUCGGGAUAAAAGACCGAAACUCGAGAGGGCGCACAGCGCGGCUGAGAAAGAGAAUUUGCCGUUAUUACAGAGAAGCGGAAACUGUCCUCUCAGGAGACAGUACUCCCAGCAAGAGCAGAUUUCGGGUCGUCGGAUGUCCACGAGCGACAGUGGGGUGGAAAUCGUUUCGCCUCACGUGAGAACUUUACCAACACCACACGUGAUUGGUACGUACCCCGUGCAACAAACUCCGAGACAUCCUGCAGUCUAUCCUGACGACGAUCCCAAUUUAUACCGAGGCGAACUCGACGGUCUGAUGAGACAACAUCCGCAGAACUAUCAGAGACAACGAUCGACCUAUCAAGAUCAGACUACAGACCUCGGAAUGACUUACGGUCAGACAUCAAUGGAGACUGGCUCAGUUCGUACCACAGUGCACCCCUCUCAGCAGCAUUCGUUGCAUCAAUCACAAGGUGGACGUGUCGCUCAACCUGCGUCAACGCAGUUGAGCGUCCAACAACAAAGAAGUUUCAGCAGCAGUGAAGAAGAACGAAGUACACCGGAAUGCGCCAGCGACGAGCCGGACGAGUCGGAGAAGGGGCAAAAGCCGCCGCCGCUAGGGAUGACUUCCAGGGGUAUGCGGGAGAAGGCGGCAGACAGAAUGAAUCGGCAAUUGCCCGCGCAUCCAUUAUCCUGGCAAAUGAGUGAAGACGGUCAGAAGAUCAUCGGCCACAUGGUUUUACGAAAAUCGGCCGGCUCCGGGAGCUGUAGUAGUAUACUCGGACUAAAAGUUGUCGGUGGCAAGCUAUUGGAAGAUGGUUCCAUGGGUGCUCUGAUCGAGAAGGUGAAAAAGGGUAGCACGGCGGACAUAGAAGGCCAACUUAGACCUGGUGACGAGGUGAUCGCGUGGAAUGGGAGGUCCCUCCAAGGCAAAAGCUUCCGGGAGGUUUACGACAUCAUUACCGAGUCGAGGUUGGAGCCGCAGAUUGAGCUUGUAGUUGAGAGAAAGUUGUCGACGACAACGGGCAUGGCGCCUGCAGGACCGGGCCCAUCGACGCCCAUGACAUCCAGAAAGAUGGUUGCACAGAGCCAGUGGAGACAGAAACACGAGACCAUUUCCGGUCUUCAGCCGCCGCAUCACAAAGGUCUUAAGAAAUGUUUACUAUGGGAGUUGUACGACGCGAGGCGUGAGAAACCCUCGGUUUUAGUGACGUCGCCGGGCUCGCCGGACCUGCACGCCCAAGGACGCGGUCGACACUCCCGACAUCCGACCGGAAAUGCAAAUGUGGGCGGUAGUAUCCAGGUGAAGCUGGGCUUCGAUCCCGUGGGACUUCAGCUGAUCGUCACGAUAAUAUGCGCCGCCGGGCUCACGCCAAAGAGUAACGGCCAACCUAGAAAUCCUUACGCCAAAGUUUUCCUACUUCCCGACAAAAGUGAGAAGUCGAAACGGCGUACGAAGACUGUGGCAAACACGAAUGAUCCCAAAUGGAAUCAGACUUUUGUUUAUAAUGGAGUUAGACGUUCGGAGCUCAGGAAAAGAGCACUAGAGAUUACGGUCUGGGACUACUCUAGAUACGAAGCGAACGAUUUCCUUGGCGAGGCUGUCCUGGAAUUGGCAGUAUGUCUCUUGGACGAGGAACCAGAAUGGCAUUCUCUGACCGCUCACGGAGAACACCGGCACGUCAGGCAUUAUCAAGAAUCUGAUGACAUGAUAGAUUGUCAUCUAAGUCCACCUUCGACCACCUCGAGAUUAAGUGACUCCGACACCUCGGAGUGCGAUAUUACGGAUUGCGACGUGUCGAGAGAACAAAGAAGAACGGCUGACGGUGCCAGCAUAAGCAGUAUCGGCAGUUCGUCUAGGUUUCAUAAUAUGCCGUCAAAUUAUAAGCGCCACUAUUCUAGCCCGCCGCCGGAAAGGGAGCUCUGUGUCGAUGGCGAGCAUCGGAGUCGAAGAGAUAUGUCGCCUCAGGGACGCAAAAGGGCAGCCCUAAUGUCUCGUGACCAGCCUGCUUCUAUCUCGAGUUAUCAGACCUAUCGUAAGGACGAGAUCCACCGGGGAAUGAUGGGUCAUAGGUCGCACAGCGCGGCACCUAUGGACUCUCCAAGUGUCAGAUACCGAGGGAGGUCUCAAAGUCCCACCGGUCAUCGUUCCUUGUCUCCACCCGAGCAUAGAUCCAUUCCCUACUCGCACGGAUACGUUCAUACGACGAGAUUCGGCUCGAGAUCGGCGACCGCCACACCUACUGGAUCGCCGAAGAAACGUCAGCUACCUCAAAUCCCGGCAGCCUUGAAGGAAAGAGUAGCGCAAGAUUUCGAGGAACGGGCAAGAUUUAUGAGGCAUCGCAACAGCAGGCAGUCGAUAUACAGGAGCACAGGUAUGGGAGGAUGGGAAAGGCAUUACAGCGGCCUUUCGGAUUCGGAUCUUCCUUCAAUCGGACACGAUCCACUAACGUUGCCACACAGUCACGCUCACAGAAUGCACAGGCCGAGGAGGGGGCACUUAAGUCCUGACAAAGACGUACUCGGCGAUCUUGGAGAUUCUGACAUGGAGAGCAUAGCUUCGGUAACGAGCAGUGCCUUUAGUACACAAUCGGAACGACCACGUGGAUCGAGAACACUAAUGCCAGGGGCCGUCGGUCUGCUAUCGCGCCGGGCCAAGAGUUUCGAGUACGAGAGCAUUUCGAGCAACAUAUUCAGCGACGACAGUCUCAGGACGGCCAGGAGAAAGCUCAAGCGGAAUCUCUCUCUCAGCGACGCCGGGUACGGUGACAAGAUACCGGCGCUGGGCGAUCAGAGCAAGUCCUACUACGAUUCUAACGGUGACGACAAAGUGCCUACGAGUCUCGCGAGCAAAGAGACGAAUUACAAUUUUCUACUCGAUCAGGACCACAAGCCGUUUUAUGGAUACGACUCGGAACUCAGCUGCGGUGAGACGGAGAUUUACGUUCCGAACUUCGACAAGCUGAACGCCGAGGCCGACGAUUAUCAAGUCUCAUACGGUUCCCGUUUAACGGACAAUAGUGAUCUUUUCAGUGGCAACGAUCGUACUAAUCUCAGGAAUAUUUUGGACAAGGAGGACACUAGUAAGAGAAAAUACAUCGACGGAAGUUACUUGAACAAUGAUUCCUCGUACAUCAGAGAUAUAUCUUCAGAGACGAGAACCAGGAAUGUGGAUAAUGAUCUCCGUAAUUCGAUGGGUGAUCAUAUCUAUUGCAGCAUUGACGAGGCUCUGUCGUCCGGUAAAAAUUACGAUCGAGACAUUCUCGCGAGGUCCACCACGAAGAUGCAGGAUGCCGCUAACAUGGAGUGGAUGUCAAAGGACGUGAAAAGUGUCUUGCGAUCUCACGGAAGAACGGCAAUUGAUUGUUCCUAUCGAGAGGAUGAAUACAAGGAUCGCGAAAAUUGGGACGCCGAUUACGACAAGGAAUUCGUAGAUCGGGAGAAAGUCGAGGAUUACAAGCAGAAGCAGUUUGGCUAUCUAGACGAAGGCAUUCGUGCCUUAAGAGUCGGCAGAUCGAUGUACGAGGACGAGUAUUUUCACGACGAGACGGAACAUUCUCGUGCCACUCAAGGAAAACGUUACGCACAGUCCGACGACGACGGAAAAUUCACAACGAACGAUUACAUCAGUUAUCGUCCGUCCGACGAGUACGAGUAUCGAAGUACGCACACCGGAAAGAAGGAAACAUACGAGGAUGGCUCUGUGCCGCGAAGACGAAGACGAAGAAGCAGAAGAGGCAGUCGAGAGGGAGGCACAGGUGACUACGAGAAUCUGCGGGCUAAAGACACUCAGACGAGAUUAACGGAGAACAGGAGACUGAUGACGAUCCAACGAACGGAAUCCACCCCGACCCUACACUCGGACGAGGAUCUGAGCUCGAUUGCGGACCGCACCAGACGUAUGUAUCGCCGCAGACGAAACAGCAGCUGUCCAGAGAGCAGAGAUCUGCGAAUGUACGGCUCGCAAGGGGACGAGGACAGAACGAAUAUCGUGCUGAACUCCGACGAGGAGUUCGGCUCGUCGGAGACGGUAAUCGGUGCCGAUUAUUUCCAUCGUACUUCGAGCUACGUGGCGGACACUAGAACGAAUGACGGCGUUAGAUCGGGCUUCUUUGACGCGGAACAAGAUCGUGAUAGAUACUUAGAUGCAAGAUGCGAUCACGAGGAUAUUCGAUAUCAGGAUCGCAGCUAUCCGGUGGCACGCGGGCUAGUUAGGUCAGGGUCGCAACGUUCUUCGAGUCGCGAGGUGCGACACGGGUCGCGCUCUAGGCGUAAGAGUAGUUGCCCGGAGUGUCGUGAGCUAGCGCUAUUCUCCUCGGAGUUAGGUAGGUCGGGAUCGCUAUCGCGGAAGGGUGACGAACUUCGGCGUUCAUCGUUAGAGACGAAGCAUAGAUAUCGUAGGCGGAACAGCAGCUGUCCGGAGGCUAGGGAUCUCGAAAUGCUCGAGAAGAAGCAGCGUCAGCAGCAACUCGUGCAGCUCCAUCAGCAACAGCAGCGGCAUCCGAGUCAGCAGUAUCAGCAACAGCAGCAGCAGCAGCAGCAGCAGCAUCAGCAGCAGAUGCAGCAUCAACAACCGCAGGGAAGUAGUAAGAGGAACGUGGCGAUCAGCGACACCCUCGAGUACUACGAGUACUCGAUGGAGAGCGAGAGCCAGUGCAGCGAGAACUGCGGAUUUGGCCCGUGCGAUCCGCGUAGGCCCCGUAACCGAGCACCCCGCCCUGGUAACGCUAAUUCGAGUCUCUUUGAUUCCCAAACCGCUACUUCCGACACUGCUAAAAACUAUCACCCACGGAUCGACGAUCAUCACCACCAACACCCACAAAACACGAAAACGUCGCCGCUUGCCAAUGUCGCCGGUGUGGCGUCGUCGUUCCUACCGCCGCUGCCGCCUUCGUCCUCCCGACGGCGAUCCCGAAAAAAAUCCGCUUACGACGUCGACGUCGUCGCUGCCGUCGCCGAUCGUCGCGACGACGACGACGCUCGGAAUCGUCGUUCCUCGUCCAUGCCCGAAAGCAGCGAGUACACCAGCCAGUCGAGCUCGUACGAGAAGACGUCCAGACGCCAGGUUACCGACAACGGGCACGACGAGCACGACAAGAGAAGCCAGUUCACCAGGAGUCUCAGUAAUGCCGACGUACCGCAGGAUGAGAAAGACACGGGUAGUUUCAGCGAUACGACGAUUGCAUUGAAUGUUGAAGACACAGCGAGGAGAGGCCGUAAGAGCUCGCCAGGUAGUAAAAGCGGAAGCGGCAGCAGUAGCGGAAGCGCAGUGCAGUACCAGGCAGGUCUGGGCAAGAAAAGCAACAGCACCAGCCAAUUAUCCGCGACAGGUGGUACAUGCGUGGGCGAGGAAGGACGAAAACGGCGGCUGGGUUUUGGGAAGAAGGGGAAGUCGUCCUUUACAGUUCAUAGGAGCGAGGAGGUCCUGCCGCCGGAGGACGCGGUCGGUGGUAGAAGCGGCCGGCAGCCGAGCUCCGCGAGCAGCGACGGCGAGGGGAGCGGCGACGGGGACAGUUGGUCUCCUAGUCUGCGAAUGGCAGGCGAAGGGCAGUUGAGAGACUUCAUCGAAGAUCUUGGACCAGGUCAAGUAGUCGGGAGGCAAGCACUGGGUGCUCGUUGCCUCGGCGAGAUUCAACUGUCGUUGAGCCACACGAAGGGUUACCUUGAAGUAGAGGUCAUACGUGCCAAAGACCUUAAAGCGAAACAAGGCAGCAAGAUAAUACCAGCUCCUUAUGUAAAGCUGUAUUUGGUGAAUGGUAAAAGAUGUAUAGAAAAAGCGAAAACCAUGAUGGCCAGGAAAACGUUGGAUCCAUUCUACCAACAAUUAUUGGCUUUUAAAGAAAACUGCCGUGGUUGUAUAUUACAGGUAACAGUAUGGGGUGACUAUGGUCGAAUAGAGGGGAAAAAAGUGUUCAUGGGUAUUGCACAGAUCGUAUUGGAUGAGCUGGACCUCAGUCAGAUGGUGUUCGGAUGGUACAAGCUGUUUGACACCCAAGCCCUGGUCAGUGGAGCUCCAUCCCUUGCUUUGUCCCGUCGAUCUUCGGUCACGUCGCUCGAUUCUUUUAAAAUUUAAAAGAAUGACUGCCCGAAGAGCAUACCAAAAUAUUCCUUUUAUACGUAUUUAUUGAGGAGAUCUUUGAGUUUCUUGCAGUAGACAAAGUAGAACAACCACAAUUGAGUUCGAGCUCCUAUCGCGGUGCACCUUUUCGUCGCUUUUAUCAUUAAGGAAAUAUCGAAAUGCACGAGUCUUGAUGUACAAGAUAGUGUUACAUUUACUUUAACAGAUUAAACAAUUAGAAAUUUGAGAAUAUAUGGAAGAAUCGUUAUAAACGUCUUUAAUAACUUAAGUGACAUAAGGUCAUCGAUCGAUGAUAUCAUGUAGUAUGAAAUAAAUAUAUUAGAGGAUAGA